CGCGUUUCACACAUUGUGUUUCAACAUGUUAGCUGGUAUGAUGUCCUACACUACAGCAGAACCAGCACUGUGCAUAGCGUGUAACUAAUACUAAUAGGCCUAUAUAGUCUUAGUUGUAUGUUAUCAGUAUACUUACAAGGCGAGUCUUUUGUUUGUCCAAUAAUAUAAUACUAGUCUAUACUCCAGUUAAUGAGUUAGAAGUAAUAGAACGGCAUUGCAUGACGUUUCGACUUUCUGUGCGCUGUCUGUGCUGUUCCCACUGCGCUGCGCAGUGGGCAUACACUUUACAAUUGUUAGUAAACAAUGGUGACGUAAUACCUGAAACAAUGAAGGGCUCACCAUUUGUUUGUUAAUUGCAAGCAGAAAAAAUGGCUCACCAAGAAAUGCAGGGCCCUGGCAUCUUACAAAAUGCCCCACCGUCGCCAACUGGCGAACGGCCCUCUACUGAAAUCGUUGCACGGACGGAGACCACUCGGUUCGUCGUUUGUGAUACCUCUACUAACAACAGCUAUACCACUACUAGUAGAAGCAACGAUUCCACUAGCAGCAUUAUGGUGGGUUCGACAGCGAAUUCGCUCCCCUCCCAGCAGGUAUCAAGUCGCAUCUCUCACGGAGCAACCGUAGCCGUAACUCAACCUCUAGCGUCGUCGUCAUCGUCUCACGUUCCCUUCACUGUCACUGUCCCAUUCACGGCUGGAAACGGCAAAUCGGCGAUGCGAACCAUCACAGCUCACAUCGUGAAGACCACCGACGGCUAUUAUAAACUCGUUCAGAGCCGCGAUCGAGGCUACGUGCAGUCGAUGGCGGGCAGGUUUCUCACCGUGCUCACCACUAGUCCGUCCAACAGAACGCGCGCUGACGGAUCGACUUCCACUUCGUCGAAGCCGACGAAACAGAUAGGUUCGUCACUCCUGGCGAUCCGCAGCUCGACGUGUGUGCCGACGGGCGGCAAAGCAGCGACGGGAAGUAACAUUGCGGCGCGACUAUCCCUCACCACCACUAGCGAGCAAUGUCCGAACGCAAGCCGCAGCGGUGAGCCUACUUCGAGCGCCAGCGAACUGGUGUCGGCUGCGAGAACAGCGUGCAACGCGACGAUGGUACACAGAAAACCGACUGCGUUCUCAACGCACGAGCAGUGCCGCGAUGCGCGGAGCCUGGACAGCGCGGACAGCUCGCUGGCAGACGGAUGGCGACAUCUUCAGCAACUAGAAGCGAUGCGAACCGAGUCGCGAUUCCACGCAAUCGAAUGUAAGCGAUCGACUGACAACAACGUCGGCGCUACUACUACUACGUGCGGCGUUUACAAUCGCAAUAUUAUAUCUCCCGCUACGAAGGUCUCGCGCGUAAUUCGCUCAGACGGCCAGCAUCAGAGAAUAAUCUACCCGGACCUUCCAAGGCUCGCCGUAAGAACCUCUGACAAGCACCGCGCCAUUAUUCGUUGUGCCGCCGCACCCGCCGUCAACGACGACGUCAACCGAGAGCGGAGUAGUAGCGCGAGGCGUCGCUGCGUCACGCCGUCAUUCGACAUGCCCGGAGUGCUGAAAUGCGUGCAACAAUCCGCCGAGUCGAUACUGGACAUCCUGAAACCGGAAUCUGACGACGACGCGGAUUUGGUGGUCGGCGACGCGGAAGACGCGUCGCAGCCGCCGCCGCCGCCGCCGCCGCCGUCAGUGCCGAGUUUUACUCCGCCUGCCGAGCCGACGUCGCUGACGGAAGACGAGCGCGCCAUUGAAGCUCUACUAAAGGUCGAGUUCAAUCAGACGAUUGACCCGCAGCCCAGCGGCGCGCCCGUGUUCGACGUGAAUCAUACGCCGACGAAGAAGAGAAUCGCGUUGUCGUCACAAUUAACGCAGAAAAAAAAGCGGAGGACGUCGACGUCAACUGCGUCCAAGACUAGCGCGCUGCACGCGCAUACGAGUGACGACACGUCUUCGUCGUGUAGUUUGGCGGGCGAUCUGAAUCCGGAGACGUUGGAUAUUGCGAUCGGGGAAACGUUGCCCGUUCUGUUGAAUAGCUGGAAUAGGUACUUGCAGGCGACAGCUGACGAGAUGAUGGCGGCAGAAUUGGAAAAUGCGCAAUCAUACCGUUACAACAAUGACGCCAUCGCCAUGGUUUCGGCGGGCCACGACGCCAGCGUCUGGGAUAUGAUCAACAACAUGCGUCUAACUUUUCCCCAGUUCGCCAACGGUCAUUUAUUCAACAUGUAUUAGGAAUACAUAGCUUUACGGUAGCAGCUUCUAACAAAGCAGCAAGGAGGUAUAGUGACAUAAUUCACAUCACACAUCACGUGUGCGUACUAAAUGCGCAUCGUCCAUGUUGCUAUUUAUUAAUACGUAGUUGUGUGCGCUCGAAACGAGCUGGAAUAAAUAGAUAACGCAUCGUAUAAGGGUCGAAUUUGCUCUCGAUCGAGCUGUCGUUUGCAGCCACAAGCAUAUCAAGAUAUUAAUCAUUUAUUAAGGGUUAAUUACUUAUGUCCUUUUUGCGAUACACUUAUAGCUGGAUACAAUAGUAGGGACAGCGUGCACCUGUGAUACACACAUAAUCAGUUACGUGGAAAUUAAUGUACGGAUAAGCGCCUAAUCUUUUUUACACAUCAGCCGUGUAGAUUCUAGGCGGCAGGUGGUGACUUGAAAAAAUUCAAUCAACUCAUGAAAUAAGAUCGUGUAGACUAGUUAAAUUAAUUAUUUAUACUGAUGGGCUUUAAAUGGAGACGGUAAUUGCGAAAGGUAAAUCACGUUAUGUCACUUUAGUUGUCAUCAUCAAAUAUUGUGCAAAUCGUAACAAAUCGUGCAAUCACGUACAUUGGGUAAAACAAUUCCUAAUACAAAAUCGAUGGUAUUUUUGAGAUUUCUUAAGCGUCCUUUUACAUGUAUGUAAUCACAUUUUUAAUAAUAUAUAUAUAUAUAUAUGUCUAAUAUUUGUUGAACGAGAACAGA